AUGGAUGACCUGAUCAUCUCUCCUACUUCAUCUUCUUCCUUGGUCUCUCUCCCACACGAGCCAGCAACCCUGCAGCAGAGGCUGCAGUUCAUACUCCAAAGCCAGCCUGAGUUGUGGUCCUACGCCAUUUUCUGGCUGGCCUCCAACGACGUCGAAAAUGGCCGCCUCCUCCUCGGUUGGGGAGACGGCCAUUUUCAGGGCCCCGAGGACCCAUCGCCCGACCUCAACAACCGUCUCUCCUCCUCGGGUGAUGGGUCCUUGCUUCACUCGGACAGAAGAAAAAUCCUCAAGGGCAUACAGUCCAUCCUCAACGACACCAACAACAACAACCCGGAGCUCGACAUGGACAACUUCAUGGCCCUAAACGGCGACGUAUCCGACGCAGAGUGGUUCUACGUCAUGUCCCUGACUCGAUCCUUCGCCAUCGGGGAUGGCUCUGUUCCCGGCAAGGCCUUCGGCUCCGGGUCCUUCGUCUGGCUGAGCGGGGCCCACGAGCUUCAGUUCAACAGCUGCGAGAGAGCAAAAGAGGCCCAAAUUCAUGGGAUCGAGACCUUGAUCUGCAUCCCUACUUCCAACGGUGUUCUUGAGAUGGGUUCCUCCGGUUUGGUCAGAGAGAACUGGGGGUUGAUCCAGCAAGCUAAGUCCUUAUUCGGGUCGGAUCAGCCCGACCCCGAAACCAGACCGCUCGAGUUCAUCAACCGGAACUUCUCCUUCGCUGACAUCGGCAUCGUUGCCGGCGUGCAGGAAGAGGACAACAGCUCUUACAAUGACGACAAGAAGCAUGUUUUGGGUUAUAACAAGAAGAAGAACAACAAUGGACUUCAGAAUCCAACCCCGGCGGACUUUGCCGAUUCCGACUUUCAGCUGAAAAGAACACCGAAGAAACGAGGCCGGAAGCCCGGGAUGGGCCGAGACACACCGCUGAACCACGUGGAGGCGGAGCGGCAGCGGCGGGAGAAGCUCAACCACCGGUUCUAUGCUCUACGCGCGGUGGUUCCCAACGUGUCGAGAAUGGACAAGGCGUCGUUGCUUUCCGACGCCGUGUCCUAUAUCAAUGAGCUGAAGGCCAAAGUGGACGAGCUGGAGUCGCAGCUGCAGAGGGAGUCGAAGAAAGUGAAGGUGGAAAUGGCGGAUAAUCUUGACAACCAGAGCACCACCACCACCGCCUCCGUGGAGCAAACGCAAACAGUAACGCCUGAUAACAACAACAACAACAACAACGGGUCGGGUCUCGAAAUUGAGGUGAAGAUAGUGGGGACGGACGCCAUGAUUAGGGUUCAGUCGGAGAAUGUGAACUACCCAUCAGCGAGGUUAAUGACGGCGAUGCGUGACCUAGAGUUCCAAAUCCACCAUGCGAGCUUGUCAAGCAUCAAUGAUCUUAUGCUGCAAGAUAUUGUGGUCAAGGUUCCUGAUAACAUGAAAAACGAAGAAGGUCUCAAAGCUGCUCUGCUCGGAAUCUUAGAUCAAAACGAAUAAGCUUAAUUUCUUGAUCGGUACGUAUGGAUAAUUAAGUUCAUAUCUCUAUCGUGUCGUGUUGUAAAAUAUAUAUAGAUCAACUAUGGAGAGCUCUCUCUCGAUGUUCUACCUAUAUAUCUUAUGCCGGUAAAGUUAGGCGUUUCGUCUAGCUAGAUUCAUCGUUGUACGUGUUCCGAGUACCCCUUGGAUCUUCUAUGAACAAUGAUGUAUAUUUUUUCGAGCUGCUGGUC